AUGGCAAGUGAGACAGAAUUUAUACGUUCAUGGAUCCGGAGUCACCAAAGAACACCAUCAGGAUCCAGAGAUUUCAAAGAGGCGACCAAAAGGGAUGCACUAGCUCGCCUGGAGGUGGAAUUAGAGAGGCUACUCUCAACCCUUCCUGAACCCAAGAGACCAGUAGUCGAGAAGGAGUUCAAGGGCUUUAAGAACUUAUUUAGCAGGUUCUUGGCUGAACAGGGACCAUCUGUAACAUGGGAGAAAAUCCAGAAGUUGCCCGAGGGCGCUGUCAUCGACUACUCCACUCUGAGCACGCCGACCACAGAUAACAUCCACCAUAUGCUGGAUAAGCUGGUCGUAGUAAAGUUAAAUGGUGGUCUUGGCACUUCCAUGGGUUGUAAAGGACCUAAGUCCGUGAUUCAGGUUCGGAAUGAGCUUACGUUCCUGGAUUUAACUGUACAACAAAUUGAGCACCUUAACAAAACCUACAAAUGUAAUGUACCACUGGUCCUAAUGAACUCGUUCAACACGGACGAAGAUACUCAGAAAGUGAUCCGCAAGUACAAGGGCUUAAAAUUGGAUAUUCAUACAUUUAACCAAUCGUGCCACCCGAGAAUCAAUAGGGAGUCAUUGCUGCCCGUGCCAAAGAAUGUAGACGUACAUAAUGAUAUUGAAGCGUGGUAUCCCCCCGGCCACGGAGACUUCUACGAAUCCUUCAAUAAUUCAGGUCUCCUCCAGAAAUUCAUCAAAGAAGGCCGAACCUACUGCUUCAUCAGCAACAUCGACAACCUCGGAGCGACCGUCGACCUGAACAUUCUAAGUCUACUCCUGAAUCCUGACCAGAAGAGCGCUGAAUUCGUCAUGGAAGUCACCGACAAGACCCGAGCCGAUGUCAAAGGAGGCACUCUCAUCCAGUACGAAGACAAAUUGAGGCUGUUAGAAAUUGCCCAAGUGCCGAAGGAACACGUCGAUGACUUCAAGUCUGUCAGCCAGUUCAAAUUCUUCAACACGAACAACUUAUGGGCGAAAUUGGACGCCAUUCAAAGGGUGGUCGAACAGGGAUCCCUAAACAUGGAGAUAAUCGUCAAUAACAAGAGCUUGGCUGACGGUCUCAACGUGAUCCAGCUGGAAACGGCAGUCGGUGCAGCGAUGAAGUGCUUCGAGGGUGGGAUCGGGGUGAAUGUGCCAAGGAGCCGGUUCCUACCGGUGAAGAAGACGUCAGAUUUGCUGCUAGUGAUGUCCAAUUUGUACAGUCUGUCGCACGGAUCGCUAGUGAUGUCCCCACAGCGCAUGUUUCCGUCUACGCCUCUAGUGAAGUUGGGUGACAAUCAUUUUGCGAAGGUUAAGGAAUUUUUGAAUAGAUUCGCGACUAUUCCGGACCUGAUCGAGUUGGACCAUUUGACGGUGUCCGGUGAUGUUACGUUUGGGAGAGGUGUCUCUUUGAAGGGUACAGUAAUAAUAAUAGCUAAUCACGGUGAUCGAAUCGACAUCCCGUCAGGAGCCCUGCUAGAAAACAAAAUAGUGUCAGGAAACCUGCGUAUAUUAGAUCACUAA